GAGGCGGGACUUCCGGUUGUACAUACUGGGCAUAAAGCGAAAGAGUUCACCUCCUAAAAAUAGGAAGAAAAACCGAAGAACGACGGAUUACAAGUUAUCGAACAGUAAGGAAUCAACGCUGAAAGGGGAGACUUUGAGUAGUAGUGGAAUGAUUGUCAGACAUGGACGACAUAAACCUUCUUCAUUAUCGCUUAAUGAACUGGAGGAGGCGAAUUCGAGAGAUUCGUGAGGUCCGAGCCGUGCGUUAUCGGGAGCGACUCAAGAGGAUGUUGAGAGAUGGAGAUGUACUCAGGUAUCAUGGGAAUGCAGAUGAAGUGGGCUGUUUUGUUGCAGCAAGGCCUUUGACCAAAAGGAACCGAUACUUCGAAGUAACAAUCAUCGAUACUGGAGUCAGGGGGAUGAUUGCUGUCGGUUUGGUGCCUCAGCUCUACAAACUGGACCAUCAACCGGGCUGGUUACCCAAUUCUGUGGCCUUUCAUGCAGAUGAUGGCAAGCUCUAUAAUGGCAGCACAGUCGGGCAGCUGUUUGGUGCCAAGUGCAGCAGAGGUGACAAAAUCGGUUGUGGAAUAUCGCUGGACUCUGAUGAUGGACAGAUAAGCGUGUUUUUCACAAAAAAUGGCGAUGAAAUCGGCAGCGUUGAAAUCCCAGCCUCUCCCGACGCUCUCUACCCUGCUGUGGGAAUGCAUUCGUUAGGCGAAGAAGUGCUCCUGGAGCUGAACGCCGAGUGGGGAUCGGAGGAUGAUGAUGGACAGAUGAUAGUUGAUAGUCAUGAAGAGGACUGGGCCCGUCUCCAUGACAUCAAAGUGACAGGCACGCUGCUGGAGUACGUAGGGAAAGGGAAGAGCAUCGUAGACGUGGGCUUGGCUCAGGCUCGCCGACCUCUCAACACGCGCUUCCACUACUAUGAGCUGGAGAUCGCAAGCUCUGGAGAGAAGUGUUACAUCGCCCUGGGGCUGGCACGCAGGGACUAUCCAAAAAACAGACACCCAGGUUGGAGCAGAGGAUCCAUAGCUUAUCACGCAGAUGAUGGGAAGUUGUUCCACGGCAGUGGGGUCGGAGACCCUUUUGGACCUCGCUGUUUUGAAGGAGACAUCAUGGGCUGUGGCAUCAUGUUCCCUCGUGACUUUAACCUCGACGACGAUCCAGACGAAUGGGACAUGGAUGUGGUUCCAAAGCCCAGGGGGGUUCAGAAUGAUUUGUACGCAAACAAUGACGAAGAUGACGAGGAGGAGGAGGAGGAGGUAGAAGAAGGAGAUGAUUUAGAGAGAAGGAAGGUCAUGGUGUUCUUCACUCGUAACGGGAAGGUGGUGGGGAGACGGCAGGUGUCCCUACCAGCGGGAGGCUUCUACCCCACUGUUGGUAUGAUGAGCACUGGUGAGAAGGUCAGGGUGGACCUGCACCCCCUCAGUGGCUAAAUCAGAGCAACGCCUCUGGGAACAAGACAGUUACAUCAAAAAGCUCCAAAGUGUCACUUUAUUAAAAGAGGAGAAUGAAAAAUCACUAAACAUGCUGGCAGAUGUUAUAAAGAGUGAUCAAGAUAAUGUCAUUACUACACUUGUGCCAAUAAUAGUGCUUUAUUUUAAAAAUAUUUUAUACUGGUGGCUUAUAGAUCAUUUAGUCACUCGGUGGGAGAUUUAAUAGGAUGCCAAAACUUGCCUCUCACCUGAAUAGUGAAUGUAAAAGUCUGAGUAGAGCAGAGCUCAGCUAACAAAAGGAUCCUUUUAUAAGCAAUAAUAAUGCAAAGCAGCUAACGUGACCUGACAGGCUGCAGCGUCUCUGCUCUGUGAGCUUAGACUGAUGGAGUGUUACUGACACUCAGUGGUCAGAGAGUCAUAAAACAGCAGCCGGUCUGGGUCGGAGUCCUAGAACGAAGCCAGACUCAUUUAGAAGAAGCGAAAGCUGCGCCCUGAGAACACCAUGUUCAUGUGAGCAGAUUUCAGUUGGAAAAAUCCAGCUGAACGUUUGUUCUCAUGCUAUAAAACCCCUAUUUCGGUUGGUGUAAUUUAAACCAAACUGGUAAUAAAACAUAAUAAGAAUAAAUCAAAAGGAUCCUAUUAGAAGUCAGAGUUGAUAUUGACAAACCCACUCCAGCUGAACACGGUUAAAGUGUCUGAAAAUGUUUUAUUCUUCUGUGUUUGUGGCAAUAAUUUAUUCAUCCAAACAGCAAAACGAUACCAGACAACCUCUGACUCGUCGGGACAAGAACUAAGGGCUAAUCACUACAGAGCUGUCCUUUUAUCUCUAGUUUAACAUGAAAACAUUUGAUUGUAUGUUGAAAUUAAAGCCAUACUGUAAAGAUGUGUGUUGCUCUCAGGUACGUUGGAAAUGAUAAGUAAACGUUUAGGGUUCUUUGCGUUUGGAACAUGUGCCAUCACUUGUUUAGUUUGAAUUCAGCUGUUGUUAUUGCCAAAACUGUUUUAAAUGGAAUCGUCUUGUAUUCUUACUGCCACUGUUUCCCACUUUUUAACAAAUCCAAGGACUGUUGUUGACAAUCUUUUGUUUUUGUGUUUCUUUCUUGUCAAACUUGAAAACAUUUGUACUUUGUAACUUGUGAAACCUUGUGCACAGGCUGCAGGCGUUUCAGAGCGUUCCUCACUCCUGAGUCUUAACGAGUCGGGCUGCCUUUAAACAGAAUGCAUCUGUGAAACAUGAAGACUUCUUCUUUUAUGAAACAUUUGACACAAAUAGUGCUAAAAACAGGCGUUUAUCCAUGCAGAUGAUGAGGGUCGGUGCCCAGAUCCUUGGUGGGUUCCACACCUGGCAGGAAUAUUUACCCUCCUAACCCUAAAUGUUCCCUGCAUGGAAGAUGUCCUCCCCCCGGUUGGUUUCCUACAGAGUUGCUGCUAUCUGUGUGCUGAGAGCUGGUUUGGUUUACAGUCGGUUUGGCCUGGACUCUAGAGGGUUUGUUCAUUAGUUUCUUCAAAUUCUGAUAAAUAUUUUUUGUCUUUCUCAGUUUGGUGAUGAAGUUAAUUGUGAACCUUUAGAAGUCUUCUGUUAACUAUCUGCAUUGUUUUUAUUCUUUGUUCACAUCUUGUAUUUUUCACAUUUAAAAUGAUCAAACCAAAAAUGUUAAUAAAUUAUUUAAACUUUA